UCUUAAACAAUGAAGACUUGUUGUCAAGUCAUUGAAAACCUUAAAACUGUGUAAUUAUCUCCUCUGAUGUCUCCUAAAGAUCUGAUUGAAGAUAACAGUAAAGAAAACUCUGCAAAACCUCCGACAAGUGUUCCUCAAGACUCAGUUCAUCAGUCGAUUGACAAUAUUGUUGACUCAAUUACUUCGGGCCAACAGUUGUCUCAAGAAAGCGUUUUCAGCGGUCGUCAAGACAUUGAAAGUGUAAAGAGUGGUCGACUACAGACAAAUCAAUUGAAUUUAAUGAAAAAUCAGAUCUUCGGUAUUGAAAUGCCAUUUGAUGUAAUAAGCGCUGCGUUUGCUUCCACUGUCGCCAUCGGCGGUCUCAUGGGAUACUUGAAGGCCAAGAGCACAUACUCUUUAAUCGCAGGUCUUGUAUUCGGUGGUGUCCUUGGGUUUGGCGCAUACCAGACAUCAGUGAAUCCGCGUAAUUACUAUUUGACAUUAGGCACAUCAGUAGUGUUGGGCGCACUAAUGGGCUAUCGGGCCUUGAAUUCGGGAAAGUUUAUGCCCGCAGGUCUGGUCGCAUCUCUCAGCGCUUUAAUGGUUAUCCGAUUUACUGUCCGAUACAUUACGGACACGAAUUAUAUACGAAAAUAAAGAUACCGUACAAUGAUUUACUAUCAAUUAUAAACUAAACAUUAUAUUAAUUAACGUAAUUAUCAUUACUUUAAUGACAUUUAAAAAAAUUAU